UUCAAACUUCAAAGUCUCUGACUUAAAGGGAAAAUUUUUGCUUUUCAACUUUUUGCUGCAUACCACGUAGGAAAGCUUUUCAACUUGGGUUGGCAGAUAUUACGGCGGAGUUGGUGGUGCCACUGGCGGUUUCCGGCGAUGUGAGAACCCUCAGAAUGGAAAAUAACUAAUCUACCGUUCUUGAGAUCUCUACAUUCUUGAGCUUUCUCUCAUCAAAUAUUAUAAUUUUUUCGCAACCCGUUUCUCAGGAACAUGAUCGUUGAACGGGGCCAAAGUAAUUCUCAUUUUCACCCUUCUAAAUGUUGAAAGGGAUCCUUGGCGUAACUGGUAAAAUUGCUUACAUGUGACCAGGAGGUCACUGGUUCGACCCGUGGAAAUAGACUCUUGCAGAAAUGCAGGGAAACGCUUGUUAAUGUGAUAAAUAGAGAUGUCGUUAAGAGCAUUUUCCGUGAGCUGAGGGAGAUGAAAGAUGGGAUAGGGAGUAUAUCAAGGAGGGGAAUGGACGGAAGGCGUUGGCGAAACAGAACCCGAUCACAUAUAGCACCUGAUGUGUCACAUUUUGAUCCCGAUCAACAAGGCCAAUGGGCAAAUUUACCAUCAGAAUUGCUAUUGGAUAUUAUCCGCAGGGUUGAAGAGAGUGAGACAUCGUGGCCUGCUCGGACCGUUGUAGUCUUUUGUGCUUCUGUUUGUAAGUCAUGGAGGGAAGUUACUAAAGAAAUUGUCAAGACUCCCGAGGAAUGUGGUAGGCUUACUUUCCCCAUUUCACUGAAGCAGCCGGGUCCCCGUGAAUCCCCAAUUCAUUGCUUUAUUAAACGGGACAGAGCCAAUUCUGUUUAUCGCCUCUACUUUGGUUUGACUCCAUCUGAGGAUGAAAGCGAUAAGCUAUUGCUGGCUGCCAAAAGGACCAGAAGGGCAACAAGCACAGACUUUGUAAUUUCAUUUGUUGCGGACGAUUUUUCUCGAGCUAGCAGUACAUGUGUUGGAAAACUGAGAUCUAACUUUCUUGGGACCAAGUUCACCGUAUAUGAUAGCCAACCCCCAAGUGAUGCAGCAAUUCAACAUCGCGGUCGACUUAGUCGACGAUUCAACGUGAAGCAAGUAUCCCCGACAGUACCUGCGUGCAACUACAGUGUCGCCGCCAUUAACUAUGAACUCAAUGUUCUCCGAACAAGAGGACCUAGGAGAAUGCAUUGCGCCAUGCAUUCUAUCCCUUUCUCCUCUAUUCAAGAGGGAGGCAGCGCUCCAGCACCUAAAUCAUUCCCACAAUCUUUUGUCGAGAAAUCAUCUCCCCCAUCAGUCUCAAAAACGAAGGAGCCAACUGUAGAUAUCAGCUCGCCUGGCUUUUCAACCUCAAAAGUGUCAGUGCCUUCUCGAGAGCCACUCGUGCUAAAAAACAAGGCCCCUAGAUGGCAUGAACAAUUGCAGUGCUGGUGCCUAAAUUUUAAAGGCCGUGUUACAGUGGCGUCUGUGAAAAAUUUUCAGCUAGCGAUAGCAGUUGAUCCUUCUCAGAAUAUACCAGCUGCAGUACAAGAAACAGUAAUAUUGCAAUUUGGCAAAAUCGGAAAAGACAUCUUCACCAUGGAUUACUGCUACCCGCUUUCUGCCUUCCAAGCUUUCGCAAUCUGCUUGAGCAGCUUUGACACGAAACCAGCAUGCGAAUGAUUUCGUGCAGAAUGUAAAUCAUGAUAAUUUUUGUUUCUUGGUUGCUGCAUAAUGUUAUGAAUUGAUGUUUGUAUUUCUCUGAAAAGUCCUCGACGCACCGGCAUAUUUAUAAGUGAGAAUAUCAAUAUAUGCAUGCAGUUCUAACAGUAGCUGCUAAGAUAGUAGCAUCUGUUCUGUAAGUUCUGUAACUUAAUACUUUUGCUGGAAAGUAAAUCUUUUCUUGUUA